AUGACAUUUUCUGGUGUUGGUUGUAGUGCUGCCGAUCUGCAGAGGGCAUUUUCUGGUGUUGAUUGUAGUGUUGCCGAUCUGCAGAUGGCAUUUGCUGGUGUUGAUUGUAGUGUUGCCGAUCUGCAGAUGGCAUUUGCUGUUGUUGGUUGUAGUGCUGCCGAUCUGCAGAUGGCAUUUGCUGGUGUUGAUUGUAGUGUUGCCGAUCUGCAGAUGGCAUUUGCUGUUGUUGGUUGUAGUGUUGCUGAUCUGCAGAUGGCAUUUGCUGGUGUUGAUUGUAGUGCUGCCAAUCUGCAGAUGGCAUUUGCUGGUGUUGGUUGUAGUGUUGCCGAUCUGCAGUAGGCAUUUGCUGGUGUUGGUUGUAGUGUUGCUGAUCUGCAGAUGGCAUCUGCUGUUGUUGGUUGUAGUGCUGCCGAUCUGCAGAUGGCAUUUGCUGUUGUUGGUUGUAGUGCUGCUGAUCUGCAGAUGGCAUUUGCUGUUGUUGGUUAUAGUGUUGCCGAUCUGCAGAUGGCAUUUGCUGUUGUUGGUUGUAGUGCUGCCGAUCUGCAGAUGGCAUUUGCUGUUGUUGGUUGUAGUGCUGCUGAUCUGCAGAUGGCAUUUGCUGUUGUUGGCUGUAGUGUUGCCGAUCUACAGGCAACAUUUGCUGGUGUUGGUCCUGCUGUGGACGUUGGGGAAGUUGCCGCCUCUGCUGCGGCUCCUGCUGCUGCUGGGUGA